GAAAGGGCGUAGCCAGGCCGGGCGGGCGGGCUCUGCAGUUUCAGCUGGGACGGAGAGCCAAGUGGACACCCGAGUGAGCUGGAGAGGGCUUUCAGCCGCUGGCCUCUCGCUCUUGUUCUCCGUGACGAUGGGGAACAAUCUGUGUCCUCCACCCUGCCUGGUCCUCUUGGUCUUAGUCCUCUCCUCUGGAGGCGUGAGCACGACUCCAGUGCUUGCAGCCCGGUCCCAGACCGCCUGCCCUCUGGAUGGAGUAGAGAUCAAAGGCGGCUCCUUCCAGCUUCUCCAGGGUGGCCAGGCCCUGGAGUACCUGUGCCCCUCUGGCUUCUACCCAUACCCUGUACAGACCCGAACCUGCAAAGCCACAGGCUCCUGGAGCGCCCUGCAGACUCGAGACCAAAAGGCCGUCAAGAGGGCGGAGUGCAGAGCAAUACGCUGCCCACGGCCACAGGACUUUGAAAACGGGGAUUACUGGCCCCGGUCCCCCUACUACAACCUGAGUGACCAGAUUUCUUUUCAAUGCUAUAAUGGCUACACUCUCCGGGGCUCGGCAAACCGCACCUGCCAAGCGAAUGGCCGGUGGGACGGACAAACAGCUAUCUGUGAUGACGGAGCGGGAUACUGUCCCAACCCGGGUAUUCCCAUUGGCACAAGGAAGGUGGGCAGCCAGUACCGCCUUGAAGACACUGUCACUUAUCACUGCAGCCGGGGACUUGUCCUGCGUGGCUCCCAGCAGCGAAGGUGCCAGGAAGGCGGCUCGUGGAGUGGGACAGAGCCUUCCUGCCAAGAUUCCUUCAUGUACGACACCCCUGAGGAGGUGGCAGAAGCGUUCCUGUCCUCCCUGACAGAGACCAUAGAAGGGGUCGAUGCUGAGGAUGGGCACAGUCCAGGGGAGUACCAGAAGAGGAAGAUCGUCCUGGACCCCUCGGGCUCCAUGAAUAUCUACCUGGUGCUGGAUGGAUCGGAAAGCAUCGGGGCCAGCAACUUCACGGGGGCCAAGCGCUGUCUCGCGAACUUGAUUGAGAAGGUGGCGAGCUAUGGGGUGAGGCCAAAAUAUGGUCUAGUGACCUACGCCACAGUCCCCAAAGUCUUGGUGAGAGUGUCUGAAGACAAGAGCAGCGACGCUGACUGGGUCACAGAGAGGCUCAACCAAAUCAGUUAUGAAGACCACAAGCUGAAGUCGGGGACCAACACCAAGAAGGCUCUCCAGGCUGUAUACAGCAUGAUGAGCUGGCCAGAUGAUGUCCCGCCGGAAGGCUGGAACCGAACCCGCCACGUCAUCAUCAUCAUGACCGAUGGCUUGUACAACAUGGGUGGAGACCCUGUCACCGUCAUCCAGGAGAUCCGAGACCUGCUGGACAUUGGCAGGGAUCGCAAGAAUCCCCGGGAAGAUUAUUUGGAUGUGUAUGUGUUUGGGGUCGGGCCUCUGGUGGACUCCGCGAACAUCAAUGCCUUGGCUUCCAAAAAGGACAACGAGCAGCACGUGUUCAAAGUCAAGGACAUGGAGAGCCUGGAGGACGUUUUCUUCCAGAUGAUUGAUGAAACCAAAUCUCUGGGUCUCUGUGGCAUGGUGUGGGAGCAUAAGAAAGGCUCGGAUUACCACAAGCAGCCGUGGCAGGCCAAGAUCUCAGUCACUCGCCCGCUGAAAGGCCACGAGAACUGCAUGGGGGCCGUGGUGUCCGAGUACUUCGUGCUGACGGCAGCGCACUGUUUCACAGUGGAGGAUCAGAAACACUCCAUCAAGGUCAACGUGGGAGGGAGGAGGCAGGACCUGGAGAUCGAAGAGGUCCUGUUUCACCCCAAGUACAACAUCAAUGAGAAGGCGGCACAAGGAAUCCGUGAGUUCUAUGACUACGAUGUGGCCCUCAUCAAGCUGAAGACCAAGCUGAAGUAUGACCAGACUCUCAGGCCCAUCUGCCUCCCCUGCACGGAGGGAACCACCCGAGCCUUACGGCUUCCUCAGACGGCCACUUGCAAGCAGCACAAGGAGGAGCUGCUCCCCGUGAAGGAUGUCAAAGCGCUGUUUGUGUCUGAAGAGGGGAAGAGACUGACUCGGAAGGAGGUCUACAUCAAGAACGGGGACAAGAGAGCCAGCUGUGAGAGAGAUGCUCUGAGGGCCCAAGGCUAUGACAAGGUCAAGGAUGUGUCCCAGGUGGUCACCCCCAGGUUCCUCUGCACUGGCGGGGUGGACCCCUAUGCUGACCCCAACACUUGCAAAGGAGACUCUGGGGGCCCUCUCAUUGUUCACAAGAGGAGCCGCUUCAUCCAAGUCGGUGUGAUCAGCUGGGGAGUAGUGGACGUCUGCAAAGGCCCGAGGCGGCAGCAGAUGGUCCCUGCCCACGCCCGGGACUUCCACGUCAACCUUUUCCAGGUGCUGCCCUGGCUGAAGGAGAAACUCAAAGAUGAGGACUUGGGUUUCCUAUGAGGGGCUUCCGGCUGGGAGGGGUGAGGGUCGAAUUAAAACAGCUGCGAUAAA